AUGCUGCCCAAAACUGUCGCCGUUUUCGCGGCCUUCCUGUCCAUGGGAGGUCUAGAUUUCGUCGCCGCGCAGGACGCCCCAGACGCGCAAGAAUUGAGACCCCAGUAUCUUCCCAAAGCGGCCAAGAGAGGCCUCAUUGAUGCCCUCACAGGCAACUCUGGCUCGCAGUCGCAGCAUCCUAACGAGGGCGCAUCGAGCGCCCAGGGCAAUUCUGGAUUUUUGGAUGGCAUCUUGGGUGGUGGAUCCAACACUCCCGAGCCAACGGCUUCUGUUCCGCCGACGGUUCUCUUGCCCUUGACACUUUCCGUCGAUCUCAAUGGUCAGACACACACCAUCACCGGUACGCCCUCCAGUACGGCAGCUGGUGCCUCGACGGUCACUACUUCAAUUUGGACCUCCGAGACGGCUGUCUCGAGUGCUCCCGCUUCGUCCGCUGCCAGCUCUGUUACCCCUACCGAAGAAACACCCGAAUCCGCUUCCCCGUCUCCUACAUCGUCUCCGGCCCCGUCCUCUCCCGAGCCAACGACAUCGAGCAGCCCUGCGCCCAGCUCGAGCGAUGACAAUGAUGGUGGCGUCCUUGCAGGCAUUCUGGGCGGUGAUUCGGGCGCCUCGUCUACCCCGGCUCCUAGCUCUUCGAGCACCUCCGACAACCAGAGUGGUGGCCUCCUCGAAGGUAUCUUGGGAGGUGAUUCGAGCUCUUCGUCCGCCCCAGCCACUUCGAGCGAAACUUCCGAGUCCCUGACCCCGUCUAGCUCUCCUGCGCCUAGCUCUUCGAGCACCUCCGACGACCAUGACGGUGGACUGCUUGAUGGUCUCCUUGGAGGUGGUUCGUCCCAGACGACCAGCUCUCCCGCGUCGAGCACCGCCAGCACCACCAAAGACAAUGACGGUGGACUGCUUGAUGGUCUCCUUGGAGGUGGUUCGUCCCAGACGGCCAGCUCUUCCGCGUCGAGCACCGCCAGCACCACCAAAGACAAUGACGGUGGACUGCUUGAUGGUCUCCUUGGAGGUGGUUCAUCCAAGACGACAAGCUCUCCUGCUUCCAGCACUCCGAGCGCCACCAAGGACAGCGAUGGUGGUUUACUUGAUGGUCUUUUGGGCGGGGAUUCGAAGACUACGACAAACUCUGCGUCGAGCACCGCCAGCACCAGCAAGGAGAAGGGUCUUCUUGGUGGUCUCCUGGGAGGGGAUGACUCCGGUACUACGCCCACCGCUAGCAACCCGGGCUCGCCAUCUUCUACUGCCGCCUCGAGCACCAACGAUGGUGGCCUGCUUGGUCUAGGAAACAUCCUUGGAGGAGAUGACAGCUCUGCCACGCCUACGGCCAGCAAGACCGGCGCAUCCAACUCGACCACGACCUCUUCUACGCCCACUAGCACCAAUGAUGGCGGUCUUCUCGGAUUAGGAAACAUCCUGGGAGGCGAUGACUCGGCCAGCACCAGUGCUACGCCCUCUAGCACUCCAAGUUCCAGCAAAGAAAAAGGGUUGCUUGGUGGUCUCCUGGGAGGUGAUGACUCCGGUACUACGCCCACCGCUAGCAACUCGGGCUCGCCAUCUUCUACUGUCGCUUCACCUGCUGCCUCGAGCACCAGCGAGGGUCUGGUUGACGGUCUUGUCGGCGGUCUGCUCGGAGAUGAUGACAAGCCAACCCCGUCAUCCAGUGGAUCCGCUUCUCCCUCCCCUACUAGCAAGGGUCUGGUCGAUGGCUUGGUUGGUGGCCUUCUUGGAGGUGAAUCGACCUCUAGCAAGCCCCUCAUUCGGCCCAGUGGAUCUGCUUCAUCGUUCAGAGUUGGCUCGCCCACUCCCACUCCCAGCGAAGGUCUUCUUGGCGGCCUUCUGGGUGGUCUGUUGGGUGAACCUUCUUCGUCUGGUCUGCAAUCCAUCUCCGUCAACGUCCCUACAUCGACACCUGCCUCCGCAACUUCAUCGGAGGGUCUUUUGGGCGGACUGUUGGGCUCCCUUCUGGGCCCCGAGUCUUCUACCAGCGCAACUUCCAGCGGCCUCUUCGGUACUUCGAAGUCUCCUUCCCCUACCGGUGAAGCUGCUCCUGGUAGCUCUGCCCACCCUACGCCUUCUACUGGUUUGUUCGGUUCCAGCAAGCCAUCGGUGGUAGCCACUAGCAAGGCAUCGCCUACUCCUACGCCAUCCAGCAGCCCGACUCCUACGUCCACUACUGAGCAGCAGACGACCUCGUCUACUACUCAGGCCGUCACCCACAAGCCUACCACGACGGAGGACAACGAUUGGGUUCCCUCAACUAUUCUGGUUGAGCCUCCGAGCACAACGCACGAGACUGAGACCCACCACACUGCCACUGCGACCAGCCAGCCUACUCAGCUUCCUGGAUCUAUUUCGCCUGCCGGUGGUGUGCCAGACAUCCCCGCCAACUCGUCCCUCAUCCAGAUCGGUUUCAACGGCAAGCUGCGCUACAGCUUUGUGGCAAGCACGACUCUGUCGUCAUCGCAGAUCUUCUUGUACAUCCCGCAGGGUCUGGGAUACGCUCUGGACGUGCUUGGUGAUGAGAUCUCGAUGUUUGCGAUCCAGCCCUAUGACAACUCUGCCAGCACGGGCUAUGUUGCGACUGUUGCCAUGGCUUACAUCCCUACGGACGCAAUUGAAGAGCUGCGUGACCAGCUGCACAACCCCGGAUCUCGUCUCUACCACCAACCCAGCCCGUCUGUCAACGCUCUGAUGUCGAUGAUCGACCCCACUAUCCCUCUGGUCGUUGGUGAGUCUGGCUCUUCGAGCAGCGGAAGCGGCUCGUCCAGUGGUGGUGGAUCGAACGGCAGCAACGACGACGAUGACGACUCCAACUCUACUGAUGACAACGCCGACGGCGGUGCCAGCGGCUCUUCGUCCACUCGCGCCAGCUCUGUCGGUAUUGGUGUUGGUGUUGUUGGUGGUGCUGCCGCCUAUGGUGCCGGUAUGUUCUGGGUGGCCCGUCGCUACCGCAAGAGACGUCAACUUCAUCAGCGCACCAACUCGAAUGUCGAGCAGCAGAGCGAGGGCCGCGGAGGCGGUUCUCUCUUUGCUACCGGUGGUCGUUUGUCUCCGCACAGUCUCAGGAGCAACCGGACCCAGAUGAUCAGUGCGCCUGUUAUGGCCGAGAACUCUCUGGGAUGGAACUAG